CCCAUUCUCCCCCCUUAUAAAUCCUCAACCCACCUUUCUUUGUCUCUUCACAGGUAUCCUUUCUUCUUCUUCUACUUCUUCUUUUUUAUAUCAUUAUCGCCAUUGAUAACACAUAAACCAUGUGUCAAUCCUCCGCCCCGCUCCCCAAAUCCUCAUCCUCCUCCUCCGACCACCACCCUUCUCCAACCCAAUUACCCUUCCCCCUCUCCAAUCUCUUCUUAGACUCCUCCCCUCCGAGCAGCCAUGAAACCCCCUCCUUCAACCCCAAGCUCCCAACUUCCUUCCCUGCUUCCCUUUUCCCCGAAGCAAAAUCUCUCCUUUCUCUCUCCCUCCCCCUCAUCCUCACCUCCCUUCUCCUCUACUCCCGCUCCAUGAUCUCCAUGCUCUUCCUCGGCCGCCUCGGUCCCCUCCCUCUCGCCGGAGGUUCCCUCGCCAUCGGCUUCGCUAACAUCACUGGCUACUCUGUUCUCUCUGGUCUCGCCACCGGAAUGGAUCCCAUCUGCACUCAAUCCCACGGCGCUGGUCGCCCCCACCUCCUCUCCACCGCCCUCCGCCGCACCAUCCUCCUCCUCCUCCUCUCCUCUCUCCCCAUCUCCUUCCUCUGGCUCUCCAUUCGUCCCCUGCUUCUCCUCGCCAAACAACACCCUUCACUCGCCUCCGCAGCCCACUCCUUCCUCAUAUUCUCCCUCCCUGAUCUCAUCCUCCAGUCCUUCCUCCACCCCAUCCGCAUCUUCCUACGUUCCCAAUCCAUCACACUUCCCCUCACCACCUCCGCCGCCUUCGCCGCCGCCUUCCAUUUCCCCAUCAAUCUCCUCCUCGUCUCCUAUCUAAACCUCGGCGUCCCCGGCGUCGCCCUUUCAUCCCUCUUCACCAACUCCAUUCUCCUCCUUUUUCUCAUCCUCUACCUCCACUUCUCCGGUCUCCUUACCUCCCUUCCCGACAAACAAGACAAAGAAGAUUGCGGCUGGCGCGCCCUCAUCUCCCUAGCCAUCCCCAGCUGCUUCUCCAUCUGCUUAGAAUGGUGGUGGUACGAAAUCAUGGUCCUUCUAUGCGGUUAUCUUCUCCAUCCACAAUCUACCGUUGCUUCCAUGGGAGUUCUCAUUCAAACCACCUCUCUAAUCUACAUUUUCCCUCACUCGCUCAGCGCCGCCGUGUCGACUCGGGUUGGCAACGAGCUCGGAGCAAACCGGCCGGAGAAUGCCCGAUGGGCCGCACGGGUCGGGUUAUCGUGCGGCGGGUUGCUUGGUCUGACCGCAUUCUUGUUUUCAUUCUCCGUGCGGAACAUUUGGGCUCAGAUUUUCACGGCUGAUGUGGAGAUUGUGCGGCUCACCGCAUCGGUUUUGCCUAUUUUGGGACUAUGCGAGCUCGGAAAUUGUCCACAGACGACGGGGUGCGGUGUGCUGCGGGGUAGCGCGCGGCCGCGGGUCGGGGCGAAUAUAAAUCUCGGGUCAUUUUAUGGGGUCGGGAUGCCGGUGGCCGUUGGGCUGGCGUUUUGGGCCCGGUUGGACUUUAAGGGACUUUGGUUCGGGCUGCUGUCGGCCCAGAGUACGUGUCUAUUUCUCAUGCUGUUUGUUAUUGGCCGCACGAAUUGGGAGAGCCAGGCGGUACGUGCCAAGGGGCUCACUAGUGGGGCUGAGGUGAUGUUGGGUGAAAUGGAAGUGGAGGAGGAGGAGAAUAUCAAACUGAUUAACAUUAAGAUUGAGCAGUGUAAGCAAGUGGUUUGAAGUUUGAGCUUCUUUUCUCCUCCUGAGAUUGGAGGAGAUGAAAAAAAUGAAUUAAAAA